AUGGCCCGUUGGAUACCCACUAAGAGGGAGAAGUUUGGAGUGGCCAUCUACAACUUCCAGACAUCACAUGAAGAAGAGCUGAGCCUUCAGGUGGGAGACACAGUCCAGAUCUUUGAGACCUAUGAAGGUUGGUACAGAGGAUUCACAUGGAGGAACAAAUCAAAGAAGGGCAUAUUCCCAGCUACUUAUAUUCACAUAAAAGAAGUGACUGAUGACAAAGGGCACCAUGAGCCGGCGGUGCUCAGCGAGCUUCCCCUGGCACAGGAGCUCACCGUCACAUUACGGGAAUGGGUGGUCCUCUGGCACUCUCUGUUUGUGCAAAAUCAGCGGUCGUCGUUCAUCCAGAUACAAGACAUGAUGACACAACUAAUGGACUGGCGCUCACAGAUUAUGUCUGGUACCCUCCCGAAAGAUGACUUGGCCGAACUGAGGAAGAAAGUGACGGCGAAGAUUGACUAUGGAAAUCGGCUCCUUGGUCUGGAUCUUGUGGUCAGAGAUGAAAAUGGAAAUAUCCUCGAUCCCGAUGAGACCAGUGUGAUUACCCUCUUCCGUUCCCAUGAGACUGCUUCUAGGAGGAUUGAUGAGAGGAUACAGGAAGAGAAGUCCCAGCUGCAAACUCUGGAUUGCCGAAGUCCUGCUAUGCUCCAUCUAGCUCACACGUACAGCCUGUAUGUCAACCUCAAGAACUUUGUAUGUAACAUGGGGGAGGAUGCAGAACUGCUGAUGUGUCUUUAUGACCCAGAUAGUUCCCACUUAAUUAGUGAGAAUUACCUGGUACGCUGGAGUAGUUCUGGUAUGCCAAAAGAAAUCGAGAAAUUAAACAACCUGCAGGCAGUGUUCACAGACCUUAGCAGUCUGGAUUUAAUACGACCACGGAUCAGCCUCGUGUGUCAGAUUGUACGAGUAGGACACAUGGAAAUGAAGGAUGGCAAGAAACAUACAUUUGGCUUGAGAAGGCCCUUUGGUGUUGCAGUAAUGGAUAUCUCUGAUGUGGUCCACGGAAAAGUAGAUGACGAGGAGAAGCAACAUUUUAUCCCCUUUCAUCCAAUGGCUAAGGAGAAUUACAUCAGCCAGCGGCAGCUCAUCAUGUCUCCUCUGAGCAAUUCCCGGGUAUUGGCAGAGAAUGAACCCCUGACCACCAUCUACAACAAGGUGAUCGCAGCCAAGGAAAUCAACCACAAGGGGCAGGGUCUCUGGAUUUCCCUUAAGCUUCUUCCUGGAGACUUGAAUCAAGUGCAGAAGGAAUAUUCUCAUCUGGUGGACAGAUCUACUGCUGUUGCUCGGAAGAUGGGUUUCCCAGAAAUCAUCCUGCCUGGAGAUGUACGAAAUGACAUUUAUAUCACUCUGAUCCAGGGGGAGUUUGAUAAGGGCAAAAAGAAAACUCCAAAAAAUGUGGAAGUUACAAUGUCUAUCCAUGACCUGGAGGGUAAUUUACUGGAGAAGGCAAUAAUUCCUGGAGCUGGACAGGAAGGACUUCCAGAGUACAAAUCUGUGGUGUAUUAUCAAGUCAAGCAGCCAAGCUGGUAUGAGACGGUCAAGGUCUCCAUCCCCAUUGAAGAGGUCAGUCACUGCCAUCUCCGCUUCAAUUUCCGGCACCGCUCCUCUCAGGAAUCUCGGGACAAGUCAGAGAAGGUGUUUGGAAUGGCUUUCGUCAGGCUGAUGAACCACAAUGGGACAACACUACAGGAUGGAUUUCAUGACCUGAUAAUUUAUAAGGGUGAUAGCAAGAAGUCGGAUGAUGCCAAGAUGUAUUUGUUGCUCCCUGCUACUAAGGAAGAGGAAGAAGAAGUCCGUUCUCCCAGAGGACAUGCACCUAGUCUAACACCUACUAAGGACAGCUUCCAAAUCAGCACCUUGAUCUGCUCCACCAAGCUGACACAGAAUGUCGAUUUACUUGGUCUCCUCAACUGGCGCUCUAACCCUAGACCUAUAUCCCAAGCACUCCGCAAGCUCAUGGAAGUAGAUGGAAGUGAAAUCAUGAAGUUCCUGCAGGACACACUGGACGCUCUAUUCAACAUAAUGAUGGAGGGACAAGACAAGGAGAGCUGUGACGUGCUGGUGUUUGAUGCUCUGGUUUUUAUUAUUUCUCUGAUCGCAGAUAUUAAGUUUCAGCACUUUAACCCGGUCCUGGAGACCUAUAUCACCAAGCACUUCAGUACGACUCUGGCCUAUGAGAAGCUGAUCAAGGUGCUGACCUGGUACGUGAGGAGCGCUGACGACCCAAGUUGCAGGGAGAUGCUCUUCUCAUCCCUAAAAGCCAUCAAGUACUUGUUUUGGUUUAUUGUCCAGUCCAGAGACCUGUACCUAAGGUUUUACGGUCAGGAAGAAGGAAGAGACCAGUUCAGUGACUCCAUACGACAGCUGUUCCUGGCCUUUAAUGAACUGAUGGACCGGCCAUUGCAGGAAGCCGUGAAGAUUAAGGCGGCCGCAUUGAAGUAUCUUCCAGGAAUUAUAAAUCAUUUAAAAAAUGUCUUUAAUCCAGUAGAGCUGAGUGACCUCUUUGCCAAGUUCAUGCAGAGUGUUCCUCCAGACCAGCUUGUCCAUCAGACCCUGACCUGUAUGUGCAAAGUGGUGGAGAGUGACCUCUUUCUGCAACCAGAAUGCAGAGAUGCCCUUCUACCUCAUUUUAUUGACCAGCUGAGUGGACAGUUGGACGACAAUUGUAAUAAACCAGAUUAUGAAGCCAGCGGACAGCUCCUCAGUAAUAUUUUGGAGGUUCUCCAGAACAAAGAAGCAUGUGACUCUACUCAGCAUAUCCAGCUCAUCAUGGAGCGUCUGCUACGGAGAAUAAAUCGGACAGUUAUUGGGAUGAGUCGGCAGUCACAACAUAUAGGUCGUUUUGUGGCUUGUAUGACCGCCGUUCUCAGACAGAUGGAGGAUUAUCACUAUGAUCACUAUGUGGGCACUUUCAAGACUCGUCAAGACAUCAUUGAUUUCCUGAUGGAAACAUUUAUUAUGUUCAAAGACCUAAUUGGAAAACGAGUGUUCCCAAGGGAUUGGAUGCUGAUGACCAUGACACAGAACAAGGUGUUCCUUCGGGCCAUGAACAGGUUUUCUGUCGUUCUAAACAAGUUCUUCCUGGAUCAGACCAACUUCGAACUGCAGCUCUGGAAUAACUUCUUCCACUUGGCCGUGUCGCUGUUAACCCACGAGUCUCUGCAGCUCCACAAGUUCUCCCAGGAGAAGCGACACAAGAUUCUGUGCAAAUAUGGGGACAUGAGGAAGGAGAUUGGUCUGAAGAUCAGGGACAUGUGGUAUAAUCUAGGACCUCACAAGAUUAAGUUCAUUCCUUCCAUGGUGGGACCAAUCCUUGAGGUGACCCUCACCCCAGAACCAGAUCUACGUAAGGCAACAAUCCCCAUCUUCUUUGACAUGAUGCAGCACGAACACAACUUCAGUGGCAGCGGUCAUUUCCAUAUGUUUGAGAAUGAGCUGAUCACACGUCUGGAUCAGGAGGUAGAAGGAGGACGAGGAGACAGAUCGUACAAAGAUCUUCUGGAGAAACUCUUGUUGGAGCACUGCAGGAAACACAAGUAUCUCUCCAGUUCUGGGGAGGUCUUCACGGUCCUGGUCAGCAGCCUGCUGGAGAAUCUCCUCGAUUACCGAACAAUUGCCAAUGAUGAGAGUGAGGAGAACCGCAUGAGCUGUACAGUAAACCUGCUGAACUUUUAUAAAGAGAAGAAGAGGGAGGAUAUUUAUAUCCGGUACGUGUACAAACUGAGAGAUCUGCACCUCAGCAAGGAGAAUUACACAGAGGCGGCAUACACCCUGCUACUCCAUGCCGAGCUGCUACAGUGGUCAGAUAAGCCAUGUGCACCUCACUUGCUGCAGCGAGACAGUUACACGGUGUACACACAGCAGGAGCUGAAGGAAAGGCUGUACCUGGAGAUUAUAUCCUUCUUCGAUAAAGGCAAGGUGUGGGAGCAGGCGAUCAUACGCAGCAAGGAGCUUAUAGAGAUGUACGAAAACCAGAUCUUCCACUAUGAGCCCCUCAGCGUCCUGCUGAACAAGCAGGCUGGUUUCUACCAGAACAUCAUGCGCUCCUUGCGGUUACAGCCGGAGUACUUUGCUGUGGGAUACUAUGGCCAUGGGUUCCCUUCUUUCCUGCGGAACAAGAUUUUCAUACACAGGGGAAAGGAGUACGAACGACUUGAAGAUUUUAACCUUUGGCUUUUGACACAAUUUCCUAACGCAGAGAAGCUCUCCAGCAGCUCCCCGCCGGGGGAUGACAUCAGAAACUCGCCCAAGCAAUAUGUGAGGUGCUUCAGUGUGAAGCCAUUACUGAACCUUCCUCCACGAUAUAAGGACAAGCUGGUGCCUGAACAGAUUCUUAGUUAUUAUCGCUUCAACGAGGUGCACAGUUUUUCCUACUCUAGGCCAUUCCGAAGAGGAGAGAAAGAUCCUGACAAUGAAUUUGCUACCAUGUGGAUCGAGAGGACGACGUUCACGACGGCCUACAAGCUGCCCGGCAUCCUGAAGUGGUUUGAAGUAAAGCACCUACAGACGGAAGAGAUCAGUCCGUUACAGAAUGCUAUUGAGACCAUGGAGCUGACCAACGAGAAGAUAAGUCACCAGGUCCAGCAGCACCGGGCAGACCCCAGCCUGGCCCUGCACCCGCUCUCUAUGCUGCUGAAUGGUAUUGUGGACCCUGCCGUCAUGGGAGGAUUCUCUAACUAUGAGAAGGCUUUCUUUACUGAGCGCUACCUUCAAGAACAUCUUGGAGACCAGGACAAGAUUGAGCUCCUCAAACAGUUGAUUGCUCUGCAGAUGCCUCUUCUGGCUCAAGGAAUCCGCAUUCAUGGAGAGAAGCUGACCGAGAACCUACGGCCACUUCAUGAAAGACUUGUCUCCUGUUUCCAGGAUCUGAGAGGGAAAGUGGAAAAACUGUAUGGGACAAUCACUCUGCCUGUCAGUUUGACAGAUAGGAAGCUAAGUCGUUCCGGAUCUGUGGUUGUCCCGUAUAUCACAUCUGCCACUCUAAGAAGGUUGUCCACUGUGUCGUCUUCUUCUUCUUCGGGAAGUGGUAGCUCCAGACCGGCCUCGGAAGGGUCACUCCCGGAACCUGUACCUCCUCGUCGAGGAUCCCUCAUCUCCCGCCAUGAUGAACAUAAUGACCGAGAGGAAGGUGACAUCAGAAUGAUGAAACUGAAGCAGAACAUCAGCCAAUCUCAAACCAUCACAGAGCGUCCUGGGGAACAGGAGAUGUAUUCCCAGAGCCUGCCCACCAAGACGCGACCGAAGAGCCUUCAGCUUUCAGAUGGCCGUCUCACCCUCCACACCAGCUCAACAAAUCAAGGAAUAACAACUCUUGCUCCUUCUCCGAUCACUCCUAAAACGCCAAGAACCCAUAGUUUCCCUUCACUUUCUACACAUGGUCAUGAAACAUUACAAAUGAUUGGGUCACCUCCUCCACCACCUCCCAAAAGCAGAUCCAAUGAGGGAAGCCAACGACUUUCCACAGAGAUACCUCCACCAUUGCCAAAAAGAGAAGAUGCCAAGCCACCAACACCACCUCCAAAGGUUAGGAAGUCAAGUGUGAUCCAUGAACCUGUAUUGUGAUGGGUCAUCAACCCAGAAGACCAUCCUACAUCUUUGAAGACUUUUAUGUAUCUUCCAAAAUUCAGACCAUUCAUUAACACUCUGAUGCUCCACCUGGUCAGGAUAUCUUGGCAGACACUCCGUGGAUCUUGAACGAACAGUAUGGGGCAUAGUCUUAUGGAGCAAUAGCUGGUCUAUUGAGUGUACACUCAAGUAACUAAGCUAAAUGAAGAUUUUAUUCUAUACAGAGAAGACUGAUCAUACAUGUGGAGGGAAGUCUUCUCCAUAUGGAGGCUCUUCCUUGGUGAGAAUCGUCAGGAAGACGUCUGUGUUAAUAAUGUAAUCACACUUUGUACAUAUGGGACUCAAUAUUAUUGUAAGAACAAAGCCUCAAACCAAUUUUAUCUCAUUCUUGUGUUUCCUUUAUGUUUUCGGACCUCCCUCUGGGGGAAUUUUACUGCAGAAGAACAUAAACCUCACGUCUAUAAUUCUGUAAGAUAUAGAAAUAUCAGAUUUAUUUAUUCUCUAGAACAUCAGGGAAUCUGCCAUGAAAUCCACCUAACUCCUCUAGAUCACCUGGGGUUCUGCCAUAAACCCUCCACUUCUCUAGGCCACCAGAGAAACUGUCAUAAACCCCUGAGUUUCUCUAGACCACCAUGGAAGCUAGUCAGUAACCUCCUUAAUUCUCUAGGCCAUCAGGAAAUUUGUCAAUAACCCCCUCCAUUUCUCUAGACCACCAGGGAAGCUGUCAUUAACACCUCCACUCUUCUUGACUACCAAGGAUAAGAGCAUACGUGCUAUAUCAUAAACCAACAAAAAAAGAAGCUGUUAGCCCCCGUCUAGUUUCCUAGACCACUGGAGAAAUGCAUCCCCAAUUCAAUAUAAAUUGGGGUGCUGUAUAAAAUGUGAAUAAAUGUUAAUAAA